UAGCAUUUGUAUACCAAUUCAAGAUAAAAAAUAUUUUUAUUUGCAUCAAAAUCCUCAAGAAACAAUGGCGAAAGUUUCAGUUCAUCAAGUGGCACUCUUUGUGUUCCUAAUUCUGGUUGCUUCUGGUUUUAUGCAACAAGCUUUUUCUAAAGGCGAUCAAUGCAAAGUGAACAAAGAUUGUGUGAAAGCUUGUAGUUACCGCCCACAUUGCCCUUCGCUGUGCCUCGACGGAUAUUGCCUUUGCAACUGCGGAUCUACAAAAAUGGAUGUACAAUACAACGUUAACAAACCCUUCUAGGCUAUGAUGCAUAAUACUUUAUAAAUUAAUAUUAAUAACCUUUUAUCUUCAA